AUGCUAACAGUCAAUGGUUCAGUCUUCAUGCCCUCCGUAUUAACACUAAUUGGGAUCCCUGGCCUGGAGUUAGUACAAUGUUGGGUUGGGAUUCCAUUCUCUGUCAUGUACCUCAUUGCUGUGAUUGGGAAUACCCUCAUCUUAGCUAUACGCAAAUAUGAAAACAGCCUGGAUAAUCCCAUGUACUUUUUUUUGGCUAUGUUGGGGUCCACAGACAUUGCACUUAGCACCUGCAUUCUUCCCAAAAUGUUAGGCAUCUUCUGGUUUCAUUUAUCAGAGAUUUAUUUUGCAGCCUGCCUGCUGCAAAUGUGGCUUAGUCACUCAUUUCAGGCAAUUGAAUCAGGUGUCCUGCUGGCAACGGCCCUGGACCGCUAUGUGGCCAUUUGUGACCCCUUGAGACAUGCCACCAUCUUCUCACAACAGUUUCUUACUUAUACUGGGGUUGGGGUGACACUCAGGGCUGCUAUUCUUGUAGCACCAUGUCUAGUGCUUAUCAAAUGCCGCCUUAAACUCUACAGAACUACAAUCAUCUCCCAUUCUUACUGUGAGCACAUGGCCCUUGUGAAGCUGGCUGUUGAAGAUAUCCGGGUCAACAAGAUAUACGGCCUGUUUGUUGCCUUCACCAUCCUAGGGUUUGACAUAAUCUUUAUCACUUUGUAGUAUGUUCAAAUCUUCAUCACUGUCUUUCAACUGCCUCAGAAGGAGGCACGACUCAAGGCCCUCAAUACAUGCAUUGCCCACAUUUGUGUGUUCCUUCAGUUCUACCUUCUCACCUUCUUUUUCUUCACACACAGGUUUGGUGCUCACAUACCACCAUAUGUUCAUAUCCUUUUGUUGAACCUUUACCUGUUAGUCCCACCAUUUCUCAAACCUAUAGUCUAUGAGGUGAAGACCAAACAAAUCUGUGACCAUGUCCUGAGAAUGCUUGUCUUCAAAACAACAUCUUGA